AUGGUGGCUGGGAGCCCUGUGCUCAACCAGUCGGGUCCCCCCGAGUUUGUGUUCCGCGCCUUCACCACCGUCCCAGAAUUCCAGGCGCUCCUCUUCCUCCUCUUCCUCCUCCUCUACUUGAUGAUCCUUUGUGGAAACACAGCCAUCGUCUGGGCGGUGUGCACCCACAGCUCCCUCCGCACCCCGAUGUAUUUCUUCCUGUCCAAUCUGUCUUUCCUGGAAAUCUGCUACACAUCUGUUGUGGUGCCUUUGAUGCUUUCCAAUAUUUGGGGGUUCCAGAAGCCCAUACCAUUGGCUGGCUGUGGGGCCCAAAUGUUCUUUUUUGUCACCCUUGGCAGCACUGACUGUUUUCUCUUGGCAGUCAUGGCUUAUGAUCGCUAUGUGGCCAUCUGCCACCCACUGCACUACACUCUUAUCAUGACCCAGAAGCUGUGCAUUCAAAUGGUGGCAGGUGCCCUUGGCCUGGCCCUCUUCUUGUCCCUGCAGCUCACCUCCUUAAUCUUCACCCUGCCCUUCUGCGGGCACCUCCGGGAAAUCAACCACUUCCUCUGUGAUGUGCCUCCGGUUCUACGGCUGGCCUGUGCUGAUAUCCGCGUACACCAGGCUGUCCUGUAUGUCGUGGGCAUCCUCGUGCUGACCGUCCCCUUCUUGCUCAUCUGUGUCUCCUAUGCGUUCAUCACCUCAGCCAUCCUGCGCAUCCGUUCUGGGGAGGGCCGCCGCCGGGCCUUCUCCACCUGUUCCUCCCACCUCACUGUGGUCCUGCUGCAGUAUGGCUGUUGCAGCCUGGUCUACCUGCGUCCAAGGUCCAGCACCUCAGAGGAUGAAGACCGCCAAAUCGCACUGGUCUAUACCUUUGUCACCCCCUUACUCAACCCCCUGAUUUACACUUUACGCAACAAGGAUGUCAAAGACGCUCUGAGACAUGCCAUCAUCAGUAAAGCAGCCUCUGACACCAACUGAAGGCUUAGGGGGACUGCAGUGGGUAUCAGUCACUUGCAAUGAAAAUAACAAAUACAGCAUAUGAUUUCCCACACAUUGCAGAUGAUAUGUAUUUUUUGCCAUAUUUGCUCCAUGUCCACAAUCUGCACUCAUUUUCCAGCAUGUCAAAUAAGAUUUGAAAAUUUAGAAAUUUCAAUGUAGGAGCUCUAGACUACUGGUCCUGCUAUAAAGAUCACAGCUCACCAAUGUCAGUUGGUCUAUCAGUAACCUCCCAAACAUGCUAUGAAUAAAGUUUGAUGCU